CACACUUGCGAGCGCGCGCGCGAAUCUCGAACGAUGAAGUUUAAGACUUGUCUGGCCCUGGUGGUGGUGGUGGCGCUGGCUGCGCUUGCGCGCGCCGACCAAGAGCCGGCGAAGAAGGUGAAGCGCGGCUACGGCCACGAGUACAUCGGCGACGUGCACGAGCACCACGAGCACGUCAAGACCGUGGAAGUCAUCAAGAAGGUGCCGGUGCCGGUGGAGCACGUGAAGCACGUCCCGUACACGGUGGAGAAGCACGUCCCGGUGGAGGUCAAAGUGCCGGUCCCGCAGCCCUACACCGUGGAGAAGCACGUGCCCUACCCAGUGAAGGUUUUCGUGAAGGUGCCAGUUCCCGUGCCGCAACCCUACACCGUGGAGAAGAAGAUACCGUACGAAGUGAAGGUCCCGGUGGACAAGCCCUACGAAGUGAAGGUCCUCGUGCCGCAGCCCUACACCGUCGAGAAGCACGUCCCGUACGAAGUGAAGGUUCCCGUGCCGCAACCCUACACCGUCGAGAAGCAUGUGCCCUACCCGGUGAAGGUGAAGGUGCCGGUGCCCCAGCCCUACACCGUCGAGAAGCACGUGCCCUACGAAGUGAAGGUCCCGGUCGACAAGCCGUACCCGGUCCCAGUGCCCAAACCCUACCCCGUGACGGUCGAGAAGCCUUACCCGGUGACCGUCGAGAAGCACGUGCCCUACGAGGUCAAGGUACCGGUCGACAGGCCCUACCCAGUUCCAGUGGAGAAACCGUACCCCGUGCCCGUCAAGGUCCCGGUGCCCUACGCGGUUGAGAAGCCAGUGCCGUACCCAGUCAAGGUACCAGUCGACAGGCCAUACAUCGUCGAGAAGGCCGUGCACGUUCCAGUCGAGAAGGAAAUCCCAGUGCCCGUCAAGGUGCCCUACCCAGUCCCGGUCCACGUCAAGGAGGAGCACCACCACCUCCACGAGCCCGUCAGCCACGGCUGGCAACCGUCCCACGGUGACUGGGAAUAGAUCGAUCGACUUCGUUUCCGCUAGCCUCCAGUCUCUCGCUAGCUGGUAGGUCAAUUAUAAGCGAGACGCGAGAACGGUUGGGAUCCACCACCACGCGACGCUUCACGGUUCGCGCGCCCGUUGCGACACAGUGCAGCCCCGAAGGAUUGCCGGCUGCUUUUGCCCAACCCCGGCAACGAUGCCCAAGACUCGUUGUACAGCUCUGCCCCGUCGGCGCUCCGUUGCUAAAUCGUCUCUCGGGCUCGCAAUUAUCAAGCUAAAGUCUGG